AUGGUGGACGGACUUUCAAAGAUGAUUUUAAUUUACUUUUGUGUUGUUUGUCUUUAUGCAACACAGGCCGCUGCAGUAAAUAGAACAUUUGAAGUUGGUUACAAAACAUUCCUGAAGGAUGGAGAACCUUACCGUUACAUAUCAGGCAGUAUUCAUUAUAGCAGGGUACCACAUUACUAUUGGAAAGAUAGGUUAAUGAAGAUGAAAGCAGCUGGAUUGAAUACCAUUCAAAUGUAUAUAAACUGGAAUGUCCACGAGCCCAAACCUGGGAAAUACAACUUCACUGGCCAGCAAGAUGUUGUGCAGUUCAUGAAAAUAGCUCAGGAUGUUGGUUUAGAUGUAGUACUCAGAGCAGGGCCUUAUAUCUGCGGGGAAUGGGAAAUGGGUGGUAUCCCUCCUUGGGUAACAAAGAACAAUGCCUCUAUAGUGUUGCGUACAAUAGACCCCCAGUACCUUGCAGCUGUAGACAGAUGGCUUAGUGUACUACUACCUACAAUAAAACCUAUGCUACAUAUCAAUGGAGGUCCAAUACUGAUGGUGCAGGUUGAGAAUGAGUAUGGGAGUUAUUUUGCAUGUGACUAUGACUACCUGAGACACCUCAGACUACAAUUCAUCAACUACCUAGGCACAGAAGCACUACUAUUUACCACUGAUGGGGCUGGGGAAAAUUACCUUAAAUGUGGAACUCUGGAAGGCUUGUAUUCAACAGUUGACUUUGGUCCAGGAGAUGCAGUGAAUUAUUUUAAGCCUAUGCAAAAGUGGGAGCCAAAUGGUCCUUUAGUCAACUCUGAAUACUACACUGGCUGGUUGGACCAUUGGGGCUCCCCCCAUUCUCAACGUGACAUCCCAUCUAUUGUGAAUACAUUGAAACAGAUGCUUGACUUGGGAGCAAGUGUAAAUAUGUAUAUGUUUGAGGGUGGUACUAACUUUGGUUUCAUGAAUGGAGCCAAUGGGGCCCACCCAGGCUUCCAACCUGUGCCUACCAGCUAUGAUUAUGAUGCACCAUUGAACGAGGCUGGUGAUCCUACUCCUAAAUACAUGGCUAUCAGGGACCUACUUGCUAAAUAUAACACAGGCCCCCUCCCUCCUGUACCCCCAGCUCUGCCCAAGUAUGCAUAUGGUACAGUGCAGAUGAAGUUUGUAUCUACUGUAGUUGAAGCCCUGCAUACACUCUCUCCUGAACCUGUACAGUACAAGUGGCCUCUAUCUAUGGAACAAGUUAACCAGAACUAUGGGUUCAUUGUAUACAGACAUUUGCUCAGAAAGAACUACACUUCUCCCACACUUGGUUGCCUCGGAGUCAGAGAUAGAGCCUAUGUUAUGAUUGAUAAGCAACCUCAAGGAAUCAUGAAUGGAGAUGGGCCUAACUCUCUGAAUGUAUCCAUAGUUGCUGGUCAAACUAUUGAUAUUAUAGUAGAAAACCAGGGCAGAAUCAACUUUGGCACUAGUAUCAAUGGAAACUGGAAGGGUUUAAUUCAGAAUGUUACCAUGGGAACAGAAGUGUUGGAAGAUUGGGAAAUUUUCCCCCUCCCUCUUGAUAACAUCAAUGAAGAAACUUUGAGAAAACUGGAACACAGUGCCAGAUCAUCUCCACAUCUGGGAGCUUUAAAGCAGGGUGGUUACCAUGGUAAAGCUGAUACUGUUGUCUUGACUCCUUCUCUUUACAAGGGAACAUUCCAAGCUCCCAAUAAGCCAGGCUUCCUUCGGGAUACUUUCCUCAAUAUGGAUGGAUGGUUUAAGGGCCAGGCAUUUAUGAACGGCUUCAAUCUGGGGAGGUACUGGCCAGUGAAGGGUCCCCAAGUCACCUUGUAUGUACCUUCAGGGGUCCUUAAAGCAUAUCCUGCAGAGAAUGACCUUGUGAUGAUGGAACUGGAAUGGGCCCCUUGUGCUAUGAACAAUAAUCAAAUAGGAGAUGAUUGUACAGUGAAGUUUAUUGAUACUCCAAUAAUCAAUUCUACAAGUAUUGCAGUGUCACAAUUUGGACACUCUCCUUAGACAUGUACAUAUGCUGAAAAUGUCAUCUUCGUCUGAUAUCCAUAUUUUUUUAUUUUCCCUGCUUUCUAACUGAUAUUGUCCAAUUGGUAACAGUUGUGGACAAAUGAAGUUAAUUUCAUGAGUGGGGGGAUUAUUAAUGAUGAUUUUGUUUGUAAGGUUUUUUCAACAUUUUGAAAUUGUAAGUGGGAUGUAUUAACAUCCAGUGAUAGACUCAAAGACAACUAGGAUUUAUGCUUAUAUAUGUAUUUAUGCUUAUAUAUGUAUUUACAUAUCCUGACUAUGACCGAAUGGCAUUUUAGCAGCAGCAUGUAGGUAAUCUUAUAUGUCUCCUUUAUCAGCUGAUAUUUGUAUUUCAUAUCUCAAAAGUUAAGUCAUACCAGCAUUCUUUACAGAAUUUUUUCUCAAGUGGGUGCAAAA